CUUGCUUGAAUGAACUUUUGUUUGAUUUGGACUGAAUGAACAUUUGAAUAGAUUUUAAGCUUUUCGUCAUUUAUAUAUAACUUAAUGUUAUUUAUCCAAUAAAUGUAAAGAUGUCAGCCAAAACUGGAAUAAAUGAUUUAUUAUUAAAUCAGUUGAUAGAACAUUUUUACAAUGGGAAUCUUAACUUUUGUUUGCAAAAAGACGAUAUUGACACCAUGAAUUGGGACUUCCAGCAAGCAUUCCUGGAUGCUACAGUAAACAGUGAAUUAUUAAAACAAUACCCAAUAAGUGGUAAAUUUGCUAGUUUAUAUUUAAAGAAAAUAAUUCAGAAUUUAGAACCAAACCAGGAAGUUCAUGACGAUUUCUACUCUCAAUUGUGUACAACGAUGAACAAUUUGAAUCAAGAUGGUUUUAGUUACAGACAUUAUUUAAUAGGAAAUGACACAAAUAAUAUUGUAACUAUUAAAGAAACCAGGAAUAUGGUUGUUAAUGGAACUACUGGGCUGAAAACUUGGGAGGCUGCACUGAUGUUAUCAGAUUGGGCACUUUGCAAUCCAGAGAUAUUUGCUAACAAAAACAUACAAGAACUGGGCUGUGGUGUGGGCUUCACUGGCAUAACAAUUAGCAAGCUCUGCAAUGUUAAAUCUCUAACCUUUACUGAUUGUCACAAUGAUGUGUUGAAGACUGUAUGUGAAAAUAUACAAAUAAAUUUCCCACAUUAUAAGCAAGAGACGGCUCAUGACAUCACUAUGUUCAAAGAUCAAGAGAAAUCUUUGAGUGUGAUGAUGCUGGACUGGAAUACCAUUGACAAUUUACCAGAUAAUGUUAUACCAGACAUAGUGAUCGGAGCUGAUAUAGUAUAUGACCCGUCCAUUCUAAUACCACUAUGCAAUGUUAUAAAAACCUUCUGCACAAGAAAUAAGCGUCUAGAAGUGUAUAUUGCCAGUGUUAUUAGAAAUGAAGAGACCUUUGCUCUUUUCUUGAAAACAUUAGAUAAAAUGGACCUGGAGUUUGAAAAAAUACAACUUAACAAAAGUGUGUUAAUAAAGUGGGAUGAGAGUAUAGAUAAAUGUUUGUUAAAAAUAAAUGCAAAGUUAGAAUAAA